CCCACAAGCCUUUGCAAAGAAGAAAGAACUUGACGGUGAUAAGAUGGAGCAUUAGGGAGAGUCGGCGCUCUAGGGGGGCAGAAGGGAUCGGAUCGGAAUAAUUCACGGGGCGAGAGUGACACAUCUCGGUGGCUUCUAUAUGUUCGCGCUUCAUCUGUCCUUGUGCUGAGAGAAACUAAGGUCGAGGAUGGCCAGCGCCAGUGGUUCGAAAGCGGAAUUUAUCGUCGGUGGAAAAUACAAACUGGUCAGAAAGAUCGGCAGCGGCUCGUUUGGGGAUAUCUACCUGGCGAUCAACAUCACCAACGGCGAGGAGGUGGCCGUGAAAUUGGAAUCACAGAAAGCGAGGCAUCCUCAGCUUCUCUACGAGAGUAAACUGUACAAAAUCUUGCAGGGAGGAGUCGGCAUCCCGCACAUCCGGUGGUAUGGACAAGAAAAGGAUUAUAAUGUCCUAGUUAUGGACUUGCUUGGACCUAGCCUUGAAGAUCUGUUUAACUUCUGUUCACGGAGAUUCACAAUGAAAACAGUUCUGAUGUUAGCUGAUCAGAUGAUCAGCAGAAUUGAGUAUGUGCAUACAAAGAAUUUUAUUCACAGAGAUAUCAAACCAGACAACUUUCUAAUGGGUAUUGGACGUCAUUGUAAUAAGCUGUUUCUGAUCGACUUUGGUUUGGCCAAAAAAUACCGUGACAACCGGACAAGGCAACACAUACCAUACAGAGAAGACAAAAAUCUUACAGGAACAGCCCGUUAUGCCAGCAUCAAUGCACAUCUAGGUAUUGAACAGAGUCGUCGUGAUGAUAUGGAAUCACUAGGCUAUGUACUGAUGUACUUCAACAGGACAAGCCUUCCUUGGCAAGGACUGAAGGCAGCCACAAAGAAACAGAAAUACGAAAAGAUUAGUGAGAAGAAGAUGUCCACGCCAGUUGAGGUUUUGUGUAAGGGAUUUCCUGCUGAGUUUGCAAUGUAUUUGAACUACUGUCGCGGAUUACGUUUUGAAGAAGCACCAGAUUACAUGUAUCUCCGACAGUUAUUCCGCAUUCUCUUCAGAACCUUAAAUCAUCAGUAUGACUAUACCUUUGACUGGACAAUGUUGAAGCAAAAGGCAGCACAACAGGCAGCUUCUUCUAGUGGCCAAGGGCAACAGGCCCAAACACCCACAGGCAAGCAAACUGAAAAAUCCAAGAGCAACAUGAAAGGUUUCUGAUCUCAAGGUUGAAACAAAGGAGCAAAGCAGCAUGUGAGAGCAGGUUGCCUUUUGUCACUCCCCUUCUGGUUUUUGUUUCACAUGUACAUGCCGUUCAGUGGACAACCAUUAAACUGAUGAAUUAAACUCUACUGGAUACAGCUGACUCUGGGAAGAGCAUAUAAAAACUGUACCUGCAACUGUAGCAGCCUUUAAUCAAACUAAUUCCUGGAAAAGCGCAAUUUCAUCUUUCAAAAUAGAGCAACUGAAGCAGACUUGCUGGUGUACAGUUUUCUUUAUUCAAUAAAUGGGAUGUAAGAACGUGGUUGACACAAUGGAGAGAAAAUUAACAUUGUGAAUUUGCCAAUUUUUUUUUCUUUUUUGUUUCUGCACUGCUUGGAAGUUAAAAGAUGUUUCUUAAGUGGCACAUGGAAGUUGUUCCAUAAGCAGUCUCUGAAUUUCACCCCAAACAUGUACUUGAAAGGUGCACUGCAUUCACCUAUCUUUUCCCCUUGUAAUGUGUUCCAAAUCUCGUUACCUGAUAGAAAAAUGGUAAACAUCUUAAAGCUGGGAUUUCUUUAUUAAAUUGCCCGCAGUCAGUAGUAAAUCAAUAGCAACCAAAGAAUCCAUGUUUCCUGUUGGAAGGACUCUGCCUGCUGUCUUGUGCUAGAGUGGUAUAUUUUGUGAAGAAAUGACAAAAGUAGUGACUACUAGAUAAGCCUAGAACUCCACAUUAAGUAUAUUGUACUUGGUUAAAAGAACAGCUUAGUCAUCGCAAGCUUAGCUAACAACUUAAGACUGAACUUGUUGCUUAGUUAGCAUUGUAAUCACUGUACACAUCUACUCUGACCUGAGGUUUACAGUGUUUUUGAACAUUGGCUUUUUUGUUUACAUGUUAACUGAAUAAGAUUAUACAAUUCUUGUAAAAGAAUAGGGUUAUUUUAUAUUGCUCUGCUAAACUUCCCUAUUUGCAUUGUAACUUCUCACCCAAAAACUUUAACCUUUUUUUAAAAAAACUGUAAACUUUCAGAAGCCAGUUCAUUUAAAAAUGUUGCAUUUCUUCACAGAUAGCUUUAGAUUUGUAGACGGAUGUACCUUUCUCUUUUUAUUUAAUACAAUGGGUAUUUUGUAUUUGCAGGGGUAUUAGCUUUGUCUCACUGCAGUGGAUUAAUUGAUUAUGAAAAGAAUGUGUCCCAAGAUGGAGCCUCUGCAGCUACUAAGCAAAUGCCAUUGUAUACUCAACAGUGGCUGAACUUUGAAGUUUCUUUUGAAAUAUAAAGUGUGUUGGAGGGUUUUUUUUUUACUUUUGAUCUUGGUAAAAUGAAUGAAAAGUAACAUGUUUUGCAGUCGAGAUGUACAGUGCAGUAAUGGCAACUGUUGCUGGCUGUGAUUCUGGCCCAGCUGAAAUCUUUUAUUGCUAGAAGUACUUUAACAGUGUAAUUUAUUCCUUUUUAGCAUGUAAGAAUAAAUUAAAAACAAUUACUUGUCGAUCGCCUGACCAGUCUUAAUUUUUGGCAAUUUAUCGUGCAAGAUAUUUGAGAAAGAUAUAAGGUUUGUAUUUUCAAACAAAAUGUGCUAUAAUCUGGUUAAUUUGAAUUAAUUUAGUUUGUACCAAUGAACUAGCACCAUUAUUUGUCAGUAAUCUCCCCGAAAAAUGUUCUUGGAACAGACAUUUAGAAGGAAGGUCAUGGCCUUUGUCCUUCUGAUUUUAGUUCUGUCACAAGGAGCACCCUCAUUGUGAGUGACCUCUGUUCCAGCAUAAUCUACACUGGUUGCUCCUUGCUGGAAACAAUAGGGCUUCAAGAUUGUCUGUUAGUUAUUUUAGAAUGUGCAUACUUUAAAUGCAGCUCUAAGUUAUUCAGCCACUAAAAUAUAUGAAAGAAAUUGAACGAUUUAUUUUCUGGUGAAAUAUAGGACAAGCUCUUUUUGAAGAAUGUGCUAACCUGAACUUCCCCAUUAAAUAAGUUGGUCCUAGUUUUUAUUUUGGUAUCUUCAGUUGUGCAUGCAGAACAAUUGCAAAAGCACAUUCUCUUGGAUUUUUGUCUAUUCCCAAUCUUGACCAAAGCUUCUGCUAAAUUGACUUUUUGAUCUAGGUUAGGGUGUAGUGUAAAAUUUAAUUCAGUGGUCAGCUUGAUGUGUUUGGCUACAACUGAAGGCUGCAGACAAAGUUAAUUGUAUCCCUUAAAUUUGACUGCAGGUUGAUUCUUGUGAUCAGAAAUACAUGCCUGUUGCUGAAACCAUUAAUUAUUUUGGCCUCUCAAAGCAGAGAAAUUAUUGUAAGACGUUAUGCACUCCAAGUUGAACUUUUUGUGUUGAGGAUGCAUUUUAAUACAGGUGUAUUUCCCCUUGUUUCUUUGCUUCUCAAAUUUCCCAAAUCUCUCUAACCAAAAGCUGUGAAAAGUAAAGGAGACAUGUGCCAUUGGUCACGCAGUGUUACAGGCAUGCAAGACCAUCACCCAUUGAUUGUACUCAUUUCCUGAUAUUUGAUUCCAUUAACUUAAUAAUAGAAUGCCAGGGAGUGAAUUUGACCAGUGGCUGAAAUAUUAGCAUGCAAGUAGCUAGUGACCAGGGAUGUAUUUCUCUCCCAAGAGUGUGAAGACUUUUUUUUGGGGGGGGGGGUGGGGGGGAGAGACAAUUUUGUCAAUUGAAUAUUCAAAACAAAAGCAUAGAGUCCUAUGCAAAAUAACCGCUAAGAAAAGAUGCCAUGAUUUCUUAUUUUGACAGUGCAAUGAAUUGUUAAAGGUAUUGAAUAUCUAAUAGUAAUACUGGCAAAUCGCAUUUUUUAUUAUAGUCCCUGAAGGACUGAGCUACUGCUUUCUUAAUCAUUUUUCUUUUGGUCUACUCUAGUUCUUACUUUUAUCAUUGUUUUUCAGAAUGUGAGAGUUCAAUUAUAUGGGUUUUAUAUCAAAUAUCUGUAUAUAUUGGGAUAUUGUGACAUCCGGAGAUGGGAUAGCAAUGUUUGCCAAUCAGCAUGCAAUUUUUGAAGUGUGAUACAGCUGUAUUACUUCUGUUCCAUCUACUUGAAAGUUCUGAAAUAAAAUACAAAUUGUUUUGAAUUAACAUGAAAGAA